CUAAAAUUACAACUGCCAUUGGUGAUAAAAUUAAAUAACAGAUCCCCUCACUUAACUAACAGAUUGUCAAAAAUCAGCUAGUGCGGUUAUGAUAGUAGGCUAAAUCACUAAUACAUUUUCGUUAGUUGCGGAUGUUUCACCCGGAUGUAGCGUUCCAAACAGAACUUGAACGUCCUUUUAUUAUCGUAUUCAACUCCGAGUUCAGACGCUCAAACGGACCAUACACGUCUAAUCCUUUUGCUGUCCAGUUUUUAUUCAGCAUUAAAGUACUCUGAGGAAAACGAAAGUGUUUUUCGGCGAUCCACGCCGACGGCAGGCCUGAUAGCCCGCGUUGGCCACCGGGUGUCGCUCUGGAGAAAGAAAUGGCGCGGCGUCUCCCCCACCCCUAAACAUCUCCUCCAAAUGUGUGUAUGUGUGCGUAUGUGUAGCGCCGAGAAAGUAAGUCUGUGUUUCCAGCUGACUGCUCGCUCUCUCUCAGUGUGUGUGUAUGUGUAUGUGUGUGUGUUGUCAUUAUUAUUAUCCAGUCUGCUCCCAGCUCAGAAUGGCCAGAUUCACUCAGACUGAGACAAGAAGGGAGCAGCACCCACAGCCGCCCCAUCCCGCUUACUCCAGCCUGCUUUUCACUGGACCCGGGGCAGCACCGACCCAACAUCCACUCCUCCUAAUCCCGCACCAGCACCAGUACGCUCAGAUCCCAUUUCCUAAACCCAUGAACGGGUCAGAAUCCAUCUCCAUUCAUCCGGAGAACGGCACCAUGAAAGACCAAGAUGCCAUAAAACUCUUUAUCGGGCAAAUACCGCGGAACCUUGAGGAAAAAGACCUGAAACCAUUAUUCGAACAGUUUGGGAAAAUCCACGAAUUGACAGUAUUAAAGGACCGAUACACCGGCAUGCACAAAGGCUGCGCAUUCCUCACCUACUGCGCCCGCGAGUCGGCCAUCAAAGCCCAGAACGCCCUCCACGAACAGAAGACACUGCCGGGGAUGACUCGCCCCAUCCAGGUGAAGCCAGCUGACAGCGAGAGCCGUGGAGAAGACAGGAAGCUGUUCGUCGGGAUGCUGAACAAACAGCAGACGGAGGAGGACGUGUACCGUCUUUUCGAGCCCUAUGGAGUCAUCGAGGAGUGCACUGUGCUAAGAGGUCCGGAUGGAAAUAGUAAAGGCUGCGCCUUUGUAAAGUUCUCUACACACGCCGAAGCUCAGUCCGCAAUCAGCGCCCUGCACGGUAGUCAAACCAUGCCAACUGGCUCCGAUUCUCUCCUCCCUCAGGGCGCGUCGUCCAGCCUGGUGGUCAAGUUUGCCGACACGGACAAGGAGCGCACCAUCCGCCGCAUGCAGCAGAUGGUGGGCCAGUUUGGCAUCUUCAACCCUGCCAUCGCCCUGCCCUUCAGCACCUACAGCACCUACGCACACGCGCUGAUGCAGCAGCAGGCGGCCCUCAUGGCUGCCAGUCACGGAGGCUACCUGGCGCCCAGCGUGGCCUUUCCCACCACCCAGAUCCACCAGAUGGGGGCGCUCAAUAUCAACAGCCUGCCGCCCACCCCCAUGACCCCGGUGUCGGGUGAGUUUCAUCAGACACUGGCAGGCCUCAGCUCACCGCCUGCCAACAUCACCACAUCAGCCGUCCCCAGCAUUGUCACUCCUAUCGUCAAUGGCUUUACCAGCAUCCCUCACCAGCCCAACGGACACCCUGCGGUCGAGGCCAUGUACACCAAUGGACUGCCCCCUUACUCCACCCAAAGCCCCACAGCUGCGGACACCCUACAACAGGCCUUCACCGGGGUGCAGCAAUAUACAGCCAUCUACCCAGCGACCACACUGACCCCUAUUGGCCAAAGCUUGCCACAGCCACAGCAAGUCAUUCAACAGCAGCAGCAGAGAGAAGGUGAGGGACCAGAGGGCUGCAACCUCUUUAUCUACCAUCUACCGCAGGAAUUUGGUGACAACGAACUCAUGCAGAUGUUCCUCCCAUUUGGUUCAGUCAUCUCCUCCAAGGUCUUCAUGGACAGAGCCACCAACCAGAGCAAAUGUUUUGGCUUCGUUAGCUUCGACAACCCAGCAAGUGCACAGGCUGCUAUCCAGGCCAUGAACGGCUUUCAGAUCGGCAUGAAGAGGUUGAAAGUGCAGUUAAAACGGCCGAAGGAUGCGAGCCGCCCGUACUGACAGGGCCCAACCCACGCAGGGCUCUCAGCAACAGCACAGGAUUUGAAGAGUGAAAUCUCAAAAGGAAUUUAACUUUUUCUUUCAAAACAAACAAGAACAACACGAAUGGAUUUUUUUGAAGACAUAUCAGCAUUUAUUUUAUGAAGAUGUUCAGUAUAGAGGAGGCGGUAUUGCAGGUGAACCGGCACCCGUGGACAAACCACACUCGGCACAGAGCACGAAAGACAAGUGGAAGAUCUCUCUAAAGACAGAGAACUCAACAUGUCCUGUCUCUCGCUGAGCUUCGCACCGUCAGUCAAGCAACAAACAAAAAGAAAAAAAACGAGCGAGAACAACUUCGAUUUCUAUAUACAUAUUAUACACACAUAUGCUAUUUAAAGGAAGAGGCGCUUAUGGCUUUUAUUACACUGGACAAAUGAGGGUUAAACUUGAAGACCAAGGGAAAAUGCAGUGGAAAAAAAGAAGCUCUUCUUGUCCCGCUAGUGGACUUUCUUUCUCUUUUCCUCUAACCUUUUCUUCUGUCACCGUCUUUCAGCAAACGCAGGACAUUCUGUGGUCACAGAGGUUUCCAUGCCCUCAGUGAAACUGAUAAAUCUUUCACCCCAAAGGGACCAAAGGACCAAACAUUUUUAUUCCUCAACAGAAAUAUAUGGUAUUACUAACAAUACUAAUACUACAAACUACUACUAACGACAUAAGUUUAAAGAAAAAAAAAAAAAGCAUAAAUAUUCGCUUCAGGUCGGAAGAGGAAAGGGAUUUUGAUUUCUUUUCCUUUUACAUUUAUAGCUACUGGGUUUCAGAAUAUUUAAACAAAAUAGAAAAAAAAAAAAUGAAGAAAAAAAGUAUUUUAAAAGCUAUACUAUUUUAGUGGAGUAGAAUAUGUGGAUUGGAGAUUGUUAGGAGCAUGUUCAGCCAUUUUCAUCCAUGAAGAAAAAAAAACAAAACAAAAACAAAGGGGGAAAAUGUCCAUCAUCCAUCCAUGUCAGAAAUAGGCCCAUAUUCCAGAGAACAAAUGCUGAGUAUAACUAUAUAUGCAUGUGCGAAGUGUUGCUGGUUUAGCAAAACCUUGGGUAGAUAUUCAGUACACACAAACAAACAUAUUUAUCCGAUGAAAGCUUUACUUAUCGAGCAGAAUAAGUUCCUGUGGCUUCAACGCAAACUAUCCGCAAUAUAAACAGCUGUACCAUUGCACAGUUAAAUAAUGCGAAAAAUACAGUGCUUGACAGGGAUGGGAAAUUUUUUGUUGUUGUUGUUGUUUUCUGUUGUUCACCACUUCAGUGAUUUUUCAAGUGAAGUGCUUCUAGUUUGAUUUCAUCAGGUCUACGGCUGUGCUUCGUGAAGUAACGCUCAACUUUACUCUUACGAGGGACCUGUAGACCUUUCAUAUCAUCCAUUUUGUGCAUCUUUCAAGAACAUACUCAUCAAACAGUUGGUGCCAAAUGCUGAAUAUCAACUGAUAAAGCACAUUAAUAAGUAAACCAAGCAGUUACAAAGAUACCAAGCCUUAAACCCUUACACAGCCCACAAAAUGAGGUUCGUAACGGACCUACUGAAGGGACAAACUUGUUAUUGCUUACAACUUCUGAAGCACAUCAGAAUUUUACAGGGACCAUCUUGCAGCAUCAAAAUAAUAAUCAAAUUUAGCCUUGGAAACCUGCACAAUCAAUUCCACAUUGACGUUUACAGAGUUCAUUUCGCUAAUAAAUGAGUUUAAGAUGUAGAGAAUGCCACGGGACGACUCGUUGGAUCCGCAAAUAACCCAUUUUUCUAAGAAUACGCUUCUUAGCCUGGUAUGGAUUAGCUUGACGCUAACUGUCUGCAAAGGUCUAAUGAGCAGCCUGAAAAGAGCUCACGAACAGCUUGCAAAUAGCAGCCAUGGGGGGUUACAGUUGGAGCAAACUGAUCCAUCAAUAAAAAAGCCACCGAGUCUGACGUUAUGGUGUACUUAACCGCAGCUGUUGCUUUUCUCUCAGACAAGUCACAAAUGUACACAACUUUAAAGCACUUGACAAGAAUCUUAAAGAUCCCGUGAAAUCAAAAUCGCUUAGUUUGUGUGUUAGCUCUGAGGCUAAUGCUAGCUGACAAAGCUAACACACAACAUUUUAAAUUUAUAGUUUUCUGGUAAAGCGAACCUAAAUGUUAAAUUACAAAUUUUUGUCCAAUCAAAAGCUCUAGAAUGAAGUCUGAAUUGGUGGAUAUUUGUUAGCUUUGAUGCCAAUUCUAGAGUAAUAAGGUACUAAAUUGCGUUUUACCAGCAAUAUGCAUUUAAUUUUACGUCUCUCGUUUUUCACUUGGAAAAUGGACCAAAAAUGCUGAUUUAUCAUGCACUACCAAUUUUUGUCCAAUCAGAUGCUACACUAAUACUACUGUACCUGCAAGUAACAACAGCAAGAUGUUUAGUUUAGUCCUUUUUUUACUUGUUUUCCAGUAAAAAAAUAUUAUAAAUAUCUAAAAAAUUAUAUAGAUUAAGACCUGUUUUCAUAUAAUGUAUCUUCAAUAUGUGUAUUUUGUCUCAUCAAAGAUUUAUUUUUAGAUAUUUGAAAUGGAAAAUUAGAUGCAGUACUUUCUAAGAGUAGAGUUUUUGCAGUGUAAUAAAUAGCACAUUAUGGCUGUAAUGUAAACUAAACGCUAUUGGCUAUUUCAAAUAAGUUGACACGCCCCUGACUUCCUGUUUCGAAAAGGAAUUGCGUCAACGCUAUACUCAUCAUGAUUUCACAGGGUCUUUAACUAUUAAAUGGACAGUAUUCUUGAAACGAGUUGUUUUCCUAUGCAUUUAAAGUUCGUACAUUUUUACGUUCUAUCCACGCUGCCGUUACGCUACUCUCACCGUUUGCCAACUCGCCAAUUCCACACUGCCUUCAUAGAUAUGCCAAAACUACAGAUAAUACAGUGACACAGAAGUACAGGAAGUUCAGGUCCUCCCAGAAUUCACAAAUAAACAGAAAUAGAUGCAAAAACAGAACUCUAGAAUCUAGGUAGGACAGAAAAGCACAUGUUUUGACCUCAUUUGAUUUCCACUGUGGAUAUUUGACCUGUUUGUCUUACCUAAAAAUAUAUCUGUAUGUUAAAUGUUUAAUCUCGCAGACGUCAGAAAUAAGUUUUGCCGGAAAACAUUAACGUCGCCCGUAUAUCACAGCCGUUUUUUUAGCCUCAGGUCGCACCGAAAUGGAUCGCAUUCGAUUCACAGGUUAUAAUGGCCUUUUUCUGCUGAACUCUCUCCAUUUCAUCUUCCCUCUCCUGUCCUGUGGUUGCAUAUCAGAAUGUGGUGAUAUACAGACACGCAGCCCUCGGGCAUCGGCGCUCUAAUAACCUCAUGUUGCAGGGGCCUUCCUCACAGAAUCUCUCCAUGCCAGAUGUGAAUUAUUAAAAUCAAAUUAAAUUUGGCCUGCAUGUAAAAGCAAGUGUAAUACAAAUUAAAAAUGGCAACUAGUGCCUGAAGUUUAAUAAGUUUGAAGGAUGAUAUCAUUACAGCUUGAAAGAAAAAAAAUGAGAUUGGAAAGGCAUAUAAAAUGAAACUUGAUGUGUUGAAAGGUGAACCGACGGCGUUAAUACAAAUUGCGUUUGCGCCAGAAACGAGGGGGUGGGGGGGUGUUUUGCACUACAGGUAUUUCUGAAGAAACCAGACCACCAGCAUUUCAUACUUGCUUUCUUCUCAUUCAAACCACGUUCAUGUUUCGUUCCUCAGAUCUUCAUGCCGAACUUUGAUCUAUGAGCAUGCUCA